AAAAGGUAGAUUUGUCCUCCACUAUCUCCUGGUUCGUCCUAGAGGGUCCCCUCGCCGCCGCGGUACCCUGGAGCCUGGUCACCGGGAAAAAAGGGAGAGCGUAGCGGGAGGCCGGCCAACCGGGUUGCGGCGGCGACCGUGCUCGACGACGGACUAACCAGUGAUGGAGGGGGAGGGUAUGGAGUUUCUACUUGACGCUGUUGACAGGUUCCCUGCGCGUGAGGAAUUUGCGGACAGCCUUGACAACCCAGCUUUUUCUGCUGGAGAAGGGGAGUGCAACUGAGGAUGUGGGUGAGGUCAGUGGCGUCACUGAGCUGACUCAAUGGAGGAUGUAGGAGCAGCAGCGGCAACGCAACAAGGUGGCCAUGCUUUACGAGCUGAAUCUCCAACGAGGUCUGCACAAUCAACAGGCAGAGUGAAUCCACAAGCCCCCGGUUGGACAAAAAGGCUCCGGCUUGGAAGUGCACCACCUGACCGGGUGCCUUGCCCGUCGAGGAUGAGCGCACUAGAAAUUUCAAUCCGCAAGUAUGCAGAGCAACCUGAUAAGAGCGUCGUUAAACCUGAGCUGGGACUUAGUUUUGAUUCGUUGGGCGAGGCAUUUCUAUUACCUGUACUCUUGGGGUUGUAUGGCAGCGGGAACAAUCUGGGCAGCCCCGUUGCCGUGCUGGACUGCAAAUCCAUGCCCCGCUCGGUGCCAUCCCGCUUGAUGCUGCGCAGCAAGGAUCUGCUCGUGGAUCAUCCUCCUGCAGUAUGCGCGCUGGAACUCAAAGAAACGUCACUGACGGGCCUGCCAAAGGAGAAGAGAAAAUCUCAAUCAUUAGCCAGAGAGGGCAUGCCAUCAAAGGGAGCAGCCAAUCGGCUGGGACAGGAAGGGAAGAUGAAGACGAUGUGGACAUGGCGGCGCGGACGAGGUUGAACAAUGGCGAUGGCCAAACAGGGGCG